CCGCCUCUCAUCCCGUGGCGGCGGCACGGGCUUUAUUCAUUCGGGCGUGUCUGUAGGCCGCCGAAUUCUUACACUAAAGCCUGCGAACGACCGCAUUACAUGGCGGAUAUUCCGCUAAACUCACUACGGACGAAUAAGUCAUCGCGCGCAGGCUACAAUCGACUCGGCGACGGGACGGAGGAAGAUUCCGGAACCACGCAGACGCAUACAAGACAGAGCGCACAGACGAAACAGAUGCGGAAAUCUGCACUUACUGCAGCGAACGCGUCGCGGAGGAAUGGGAAGCUGAGGAAGGGCCGGUAUGCGGACGAUCCGGAGGAGGAAGCGGGGUUGUUAGGCGCCGAGGACUAUCAGGAGGAGCAUGACGAGCGGGGGGAACUGAUUGCAGAUGACGCGUCUGUGAAUACCCAGACGAAGGUACCGCUGCUGAAGACCUCAUCCGUGAAGGAUAAGUCAAGGACGGUGCCUUUCAGACCACCAGAGAAGUUCCAGGCCAAGUUCUCGCCAAAUAUCGUGCGGAACCAGAAGUACAACCUGUUCACCUUCUUCCCCAUCGUAUUCUACGAGCAGUUUAAGUUCUUCUUCAACCUCUAUUUUCUACUCGUUGCGCUCUCCCAGUUCAUACCCGCCUUGAAGAUUGGCUAUAUCGUCACCUAUGUCGCCCCCCUCGCCUUCGUGCUAUGCGUCACCAUGGGCAAGGAGGCCUACGACGACUACAAGCGCAACCUCCGCGAUCGCGAGGCCAACUCCGCCAAGUACCUCAUCCUCACCCCGCCUAGCCAGGCCGAAGAAGAGUCCGCGUUGACCGCGGACGCAUCCUACCUCGACACGCACAUCAAUACCCGCUCUGUACCCUCAUCCUCCCUCCGCGUCGGCGACCUUAUCCGACUCGAGAAGAAUCAGCGCGUGCCCGCCGAUGUCAUCCUCCUGCACACGUCUGACGCCUCUGGCACCUGCUUCAUCCGCACGGACCAGCUCGACGGCGAGACGGACUGGAAGCUGCGCGUCGCGGUGCCGGAGUGCCAGAAGCUGCCCGAGGGGAGUCUACCCCGGCUGGAGGCGGAGAUCUAUGCGGACGCACCGACAAAGGAUAUCCACACGUUCGUGGGGACGUUCACGCUGAACAAGGCCCCGGCGGUGGAUGGUCCGCAUACGCAGGGCGUUCCUUUGCAGCCCAUACCGCCGAGCGUGUCCCCGCUGACGGCGGAGAACGUGCUGUGGGCCAAUACUGUGCUUGCGUCCGGGUCGGCGGUCGGCUUCGUGAUCUACACUGGUGCGGAGACGCGGGCAGUCAUGAACACAAGUCACCCGGAGACGAAGGUGGGCCUGUUGGAUAUCGAGAUCAAUAGAUUGGCCAAGAUCCUCUGCUUGGUGACCUUCCUCCUCUCCAUAGUCCUCGUCGCCUUGAAUGGCUUCCGCGGACUGUGGUACGUCUACAUCUUCCGCUUCCUUAUUCUCUUCUCGUCCAUUAUUCCCAUAAGUUUGCGCGUCAACCUAGACAUGGGGAAGACGGUCUACGGCUACGAGAUUAUGCAUGACCCGGAGAUCCCGAAUACCAUCGUGCGCACGAGCACGCUGCCGGAGGAGUUGGGAAGGAUACAAUACCUGCUCAGCGAUAAGACGGGCACUUUGACGCAGAAUGAGAUGGAAAUGCGCAAGUUGCACAUGGGGACCAUGGCUUUUGGUUAUGAUUCGAUGGACGAGGUCUCGCAUCAAUUGGCGGUUGCGUUCGGGGCGCAGGAGCAUCCGAGUGCCCAUAUGAUGACUGGUGCUCAGAUCGCAGGGCGAGGGCGGCGAGACAUGUCCUCCCGCGUACGCGAUGUUGUUCUCAGUCUUGCGCUUUGUCAUAACGUCACACCAGUCACCAACGACGACGGGUCAGUAGGGUACCAGGCAUCCUCCCCAGAUGAAGUCGCCAUCGUUCAAUGGACCCAAUCCGUCGGCCUCACGCUCGUCUUCCGCGACCGCACCCGCAUCGAGCUGCAAACUCCCACCGGCGCCCGCAUGGUCUUCGACGUCCUCAACAUCUUCCCCUUCACCUCCGAGUCCAAGCGCAUGGGCAUCGUUGUGCGCGAUGUCGCUUCCGGCGAGGUCACCUUCCUGCAGAAGGGCGCCGACGUCGUGAUGGCGCGCAUCGUGCAGCGCAACGACUGGCUCGAGGAGGAGACGGGCAACAUGGCGCGCGAGGGCCUGCGCACGCUCGUCAUGGCGCGCAAGCGGCUCAGCAGCGGCACGUACGACGAGUUCGCGGACGCGUAUCACGAGGCGAGCAUCCGGCUCGAGGGCCGGAAUGAGGCGAUGGCGAGCGUGGUGGCGAAGUAUCUGGAGCAUGAUUUGGAACUGCUGGGCCUAACGGGAGUGGAGGAUAAGUUGCAGGACGAGGUCAAGUCGACGCUGGAGCUGUUGAGGAAUGCGGGGAUCAAGAUUUGGAUGUUGACGGGAGACAAGAUUGAGACGGCGAGGUGCAUUGCGAUUUCGACAAAGCUUGUCGCGCGCAAUCAGUACAUUCACGAGGUUGCGAAGUUGCGCACAUCGGACGAAGUACGAGACCAGCUGGAGUUCCUGCAGUCGAAGCUGGAUUGCUGUCUGGUCAUCGAUGGCGAGUCGUUGCAGCUCUGCCUCAACCUGUUCAAGAACGAGUUCAUCGAGAUCGCCACGAAGCUAUCUGCGGUGGUAGCUUGCAGAUGCUCUCCGACACAGAAGGCCGAUGUUGCCCGCCUCAUCCGCGCUCAUACAGGCCGGAGAGUCUGCUGCAUCGGCGAUGGUGGUAACGACGUUAGCAUGAUUCAGGCCGCGGACGUCGGCGUCGGCAUCGUGGGCAAGGAAGGAAAGCAGGCCUCGCUCGCAGCGGAUUUUUCUGUCAUCCAGUUCAGCCACCUCACCAAGCUUCUGCUCUGGCACGGACGCAACUCGUACCGCCGCUCUGCCAAGCUCGCGCAGUUCGUCAUCCACCGUGGUCUGAUAAUAUCGAUCAUGCAAGCAGUGUUCUCGGCGAUCUUCUAUUUCGCGCCUAUUGCCCUUUAUCAAGGCUGGCUUAUGGCGGGUUAUGCGACGGUAUACACAAUGGCGCCGGUGUUCUCGCUCGUGCUGGAUCGGGAUGUGAAUGAGGACCUUGCGCUACUUUAUCCCGAGCUCUACAAGGAGUUGACGAAGGGACGUGCACUUUCGUACAAGACGUUCUUCGUGUGGUGCAUGAUCAGCCUGUACCAAGGCGCUGCCAUCAUGAUCAUGUCCCUCGUACUUUUCGAGACCGAGUUCCUGCACAUCGUGUCCAUCUCCUUUACUGCCCUGAUCCUCAACGAGCUCAUCAUGGUUGCUUUGGAGAUAACGACAUGGCAUAUGUACAUGGUUAUCUCCGAAGUCGUUACGCUGGCGAUUUAUGCAGGCAGUAUCGUCUUCCUGCCCGAAUACUUCGACCUCAACUUUGUCAUGACGCCUGGGUUCGUAUGGAAGACGGCGGUCAUUGUCUCGAUUAGCGCGCUGCCCUUGUAUAUCAUCAAGCUCAUACGCAGCCGAUUCGCGCCAGCUGCUUCCAGCAAGCUAUUGUAAUUUAACAGCUGAUUUAAUGGACAUUGUGGAUCCUGGAUCGGAUGUGAAUGAUCACGGCGUUCAAU